AUGAAACGAGAUGGAGGAGCUAAAUUGUCUGGGGUGCUCAAAGUCACAGACGCCUACCGGGACCCCAGGCGGCUGGGGAGACAGCAAGCCAAAAAGCCUCUCUCUCCACGGGGCGCUGAAGGAGCCGGCCAGCGGCUGCGGCUGCGAUCUCUGCACAAUCUUGGCCCUGCGUCACGCCUCCUCCAAAGUGGCGCCAGCAAGCCCACAAGCGUGGUUCGUGGCAGCAGCCUUGAAGCCUGCCCUGACCUGAGGUGCAGCCAAAUGGGCCGCCCUCGAUCGACGACGGAAUGGAUCCCAGUUCCGUGCUACUCUGCUUUUCCGCCAGCCAGCCCAGAUGACCAGGCCGUCGGAAGAGGCUGGACGGCACAGCACGCACAAGAUGACGCUGGGCACUGCACUAUGCGCUCGCAAGCGUCUGUCACCAUGACUUCGGCAGAGCAGCCAUCAGCGAGAGCUAGUAGGUAA